UAUGAAAGUAUUGUUAAAACAUUUUGAGAUACAAUAAAAUAAUGACAACAAAUCUGAAGAAAUGUAUGGUUUGUGGUGACAAUGCUUUCGGCUAUAACUUCUGUGCCGUCACUUGUGAGUCGUGUAAGGCUUUCUUCAGGAGGAAUGCCUUUCGAUUGGAUGAUUUACCCGACUGUCCAUUUGAUGGCCAGUGCACUGUUGAUGUCGACACCCGUAAGUACUGUAAAAGAUGUCGACUUAACAAAUGUUUUAACGUCGGUAUGAAAAAGGAGUGGAUAAUACAGAAGAAAAAACCGAAGAAGAAAAAGUUAGGACAUAAAGUAAACCGAAAGACAAGUAAAUCUACAGUGAAUUACAAGUAUUCAUCGGCUGAUCCAUUGGAUGCUAAAUAUGUACCAGAAGUUGAAUCAUGCGAUACCAAUGAAAACUCUUUGAAUUUAGAUAUUUUGGAUAAUUUGAAUUCUGGUGAUUCACUUAAUGAUAAAUCGGAGUCUGAAAAGCUAUCAUUUGACUCAAAUGGAUUCAAUGGAUUCAAUGGAUUCAAUGAUAAUCUAUUAAAUAAUGUAAACACAAUAUCAUUAGUUAAUAAUAACAAUAACAUUAGUGCCAAAACAUAUCGAAAACUUUUGGAAUUAGAAUUAUCAGUACUUUCUAUACCAAAGGAAAUCAAUAAUAAUAACUAUUUUACUGAAGUAGAGAAUUGCCGACUAAUAGAGUUAUUUCAAGAAACAGUGGCCACUAGUUAUGAAAACACAAACAAUAAGCUAAUUAUCAGUCAGUUUAAUGAAAUACCAAAUUGUUUUAUUAUGAAAUUUGAGGCAUACAUUCACAAGUUUAUACAUUUGGCUAAACGUUUAACUCCUUUUCGUGAACUCUGCGAUAAUGAUCAGUUAGCUUUAGUCAAGUAUGGAUGCAUUGAGGCUUUAUUUAUGCUAAUCGCACCACUCUUUGACUACAACACCAAGUGCUUCACUUUUCAAAUGAUAAACGGCAAUACAUUUGUUAUGGAUUUGGAAGUAAUGAAAAGUAAUCAUCCAAUAGUCUAUACGUUAUAUAAUAGAUUUUUGACUAAUUUCUACAAUGAAUGGGAUUCAGAUCCGUUUAUUGUUGAUUUGUUAGUUGCAAUUAUAUUGUUUAAUCCUGAAAGACCCAACUUAAUUUACAACGAAUUAGUAAAGCUUCAAUAUCAUUUAUACAUUCAUUUACUUAUACGAUAUUUGCGACUAAAGUAUGGUUACAAUUAUGAUGCAAAAACAAAGUUUAUGAAGAUUUUCAAUAUUAUACAAGAUGUGGAACAAUUGGAUCAAAUUAACCGACAAAAUCAUGGAGCUUAUGGUCAAAAGACAGAUUUAAAUCCAUUAGUUCAGGAAAUUUUUGACAUAUCUUCUCACAAUAAACCUGUAAAUAUGUGUAACAAAACUAUAAAUUUUUAAAUAUUUUAUUGAUUAAUGAAUAUUUAGGUUUGAUAUUAGUAUAUAUUAUUUAAUUCUAAUUACUGUAA